AUGGCUACCUCAACAACUGGCCCGGAGAGCCAGCAGCCCGAAAAGGAGGUGCAGGCUGUCACAAUUGACCCUGAGGCCGGCCAAGUCCACCCGCUUACUGGCAAGUCCUGGAUGUAUAAAUCUUUUAAGAUUGGUCCAUGGACUCUGCCGUACUUUGCCUCGCCUGAUGCACAGCUUCUCCUGGUCUCCUUUGUCUGCUUCCUCUGCCCGGGAAUGUUCAAUGCCGUUAGUGGCCUCGGAGGUGGAGGUCAGCUAGGUUUCAAGGACGUGAACAACGCCAACACCGCCCUUUACAGUACCUUUGGGGUUGUUGGGUUUUUCGCGGGCUCUGUUGCGAACCGCAUUGGUCUGCGUUUGACGCUCUCAAUUGGUGGUUUUGGUUAUUUUCUCUAUGUCGCAUCGCUACUGUCCUACAACCACAACCAAAACUCUGGCUUUCUGAUCUUUGCUGGUGCACUUUUAGGCGCCUGCGCUGGCCUACUGUGGUGCGCCCAGGGUGCCGUCAUGAUGAGUUAUCCGAACGAAAAGGAGAAGGGCAAAUUCAUCGCCAUUUUCUGGGUGAUCUUCAAUCUUGGCGGCGUCAUCGGCAGCUUGGUGCCUUUGGGUCAAAACCUGCACUCAGUGGCUGGUCAAGUAAACGAUGGGACUUACAUUGCAUUCAUGGUACUCAUGGCCUUGGGUUUCGUCCUGGCUUGGGGCCUCGCGGAUUCAAAGUAUGUCAAGCGCAAAGAUGGCUCGCACGUUAUCGUCAUGAAGAACCCUACCUGGAAAUCCGAGUUUAUGGGUCUCUAUGAUACUCUCCGCACCGACUACUAUAUUCUCCUCCUCUUCCCGAUGUUUUUGACAAGUAACUGGUUUACGGCGUACCAGUUCAACAGUGUCAAUGGUGCAUACUUCACCAUCCGUACACGAGCCCUCAACAAUCUGCUGUACUGGCUGAUGCAAAUGCUCGGAGCGUUCGUCUUCGGGCAAUUACUGGACUUGAAGUUUCUCUCUCGGCCCACCCGAGCCAGGCUGAAUCUUUUCCUUUUGCUGGUUCUCACAAUGGGUGUCUGGGGUGGAGGUUAUGCAUUUCAGAAGACCUACACUCGCGAAACAGUCAAGGCGGAUACCGACUGGACCAGUCACGGCUUCGUGGGUCCAAUGUUUUUGUACAUGUUCUACGGGUUCUAUGAUGCGGCUUUCCAAACUUGCGCAUACUGGUCAGUUUGGCCCCUUGCUCCAAAAACCCCCGUCCUUCGUCACUUAAUUUUGGGACGUCAAUUGAAUUUGGGAUGGUUCAUGGGUUCUCUGACAAACAACGGCCGCAAGCUGGCCAACUUUGCUGGAUUUUACAAGGGCAUCCAGUCCGCUGGUGCAGCAGGCAUGUGGCGGUUGGAUGCGGAGAAUACUCCCUUCAUGACGGAAUUCGCUACCUGCUGGGGCCUCCUUGCUGGCAGUAUUGUGAUUGCCUCCCCUGUAGUAUUCCUCAAGAUCAAGGAGCACGCGGACAUGGAGGCUGAUCUACGCUUCUCGGACGAGACCGCUCAAGAAGUGGGAGUAUCUGUGCCUUUAGAGGAGCAACAGUCCAUUGAUAAGAAGGAUGAGAAGCGCGUCUCUCUCAGUUAA